AUGGGCGUCUCCCACUCUCCUCCUUCUUCAUCUCCUACCCUCCACCUUCCCCUUGUCACCACCAUCAAACCUCCUCUACACCCUCAACGUGCCCAGGGCAUCCCAAUGGACGCCCUGGGCUCUGCAAUUCCCAUCCCGGCACCGCGGUUCAAGACCACGGCACCUGUCGCCCUCCGCAUGCCCGCACACCCCGACCGCGUACAAGAUACGGCGGGGCGUGUACCUCGUCCCUCCUCGGCCGUUGCCCGCGUCCCGCGCUCAAAACGGGUGGUUGUACGGCCGUCCGCGCCCGCGCGCUGCCCGCCCUCCUCCUCCUCCUCGCCACCCUCCGCCUUCUCUGUCCCACGAUCCGACAUCCUCCCCGACCACCUCAACACGCCCAGGGCGUCCCAAUGGACGCCCUGGGCCCUUAGAUUCACAUCCUGGCGCCGCGGUAUAAGACCGCGGCGCUCGUCGUCUGCCGUGCGCCUGCAAGCCCCAACCGCAUACAAGAUGCAGCGGGGCGUGUCCCUCGUCCCUCCUCGCCCAUCACCAAUGUCCCGCGCGCAAAACGGGCUGCCUUACGGCCGUCCACGCGCGCUGCCCGCCCUCCUCCUCCUCCUCCUCACCACCCUCAACUUCCCCAUCCAGCCGUCCGACCACCUCCACGACUACCUCAACGCGCCAAGGAAGUCCCAAUGGACGUCCUCGGCCCCUCAAUUCGUAUCCCGGCACCACGGUUCAAGACCGCGGCACCGGUCGUCCUCCCAGUAA